UUGUACGAUAGUACCAUGCUCGUCUACUGCUAAACCUUGUUUUGAUUAGAGUUAGAAAGCGUUCAGUCAGUACACUUUCUGUGUUAGAUAGGAUAGCUGGUCGACAACAAGUCUGAUAUUAGAUCAAGCAACUCGUCGACUUAGACACGCCAAGGAAUGGACGAUUUUUGGAAAGCACUUUGGACCUCACGAUUCUGACCGAUAAAACAAUACUCGUCUUUACGAUACAGAAAAUUCUUUUUUAACUUCCGGGAUGGACCAGCAGCAAUCUACAUUACUCCGAGCCAUCGCGCUUUCAUCGUUACAUCUUGCCUCCUAUGCACAAAAGGAUCGUCUGCAAGCUUAUGAGAUUUUGGAGACUUUUAAGCGGUUUGAAGGACGGCUCCCCAUAAUUUUGGGCUGGCUACAUUCGACGUCUCACUUUUACGAACAGUACGAUAUUACCGUAGCAACAAAGCUGCUAGCGCUUGAGAUCCUUUCCGCUUUUUUGGACAAAGGCUACGAAAAAAUAUCGGAAUUGGAUCGUGUGGAGCUCAGACGAGCGGUUCUCAAGUCAGCCCACUUGCUGUCUACAAAUACUUUGCCAGAAGGAUCACGUAUCUUGUCCAAGAAGCUUGCCUUUAUACUAGAAAAUUUAGUUGUCAGGGAUUUCCCGCAACGCUGGACAACAUUUGCGAACGAUGUCUUCGCCUCUCAACAGGAUGGAGGCCUGUGGUACAACGAACCAGGGCCGCAGGCGGUGCAACACCAGGGUGUGAGAAUUUGCCUGGAGUGCUUGAAAUUGGUCGCCGAGAACUGCACAGACUCAGACUUCAAUGCAAGAAUCAGCACGACAAGACGAAACGACGUCUUGAUUGGUCUUAAUGAAGUGUCAGGGGCCUUUCUGCCGAAAAUGUUUCAACUUCUCGAACAUUAUCCCGUUUUACGACAGGCCAAAGACACCAUGCACAGCAUGCAUGCAUUUCUUGUAUCCGACAAUCGCGCAACAAAUCAGAUGACAGCCGAAGAAUCUUCCCAGUAUCGAGCUCAAAAAGAGCUGCGGGAGGGAACGGCUCAGAUGAUUUCUGAUACACUUCUGGCAUUGCGAACAUUUUGUUGUUCGAUGCCAGUGAACUGGAUCACAGGAGGUUCUAUAGAUUUCUUGACUGCAUUGCUACAUCUGAUGCGAGAGCCUGACUACGAGAUUCAAAUACGAGCGGUGGAAUGCAUUGAGCAGCUUGCGUUACGAGGAAAGCUGGAUUUCGGUCAAUGGCUCCGCCUUGUCACCAACAUCCCCCUUGCAGUUCAAGAGGCAAAUCAUCUUUUUGCGGUUGAAUAUGAACAUUUAAUGACCGAAGAUUCAGCGAAGGGAGUAAAAAAACAUGCACAGGAUCCGCUUGCGCUCCAGCUCCAGUUUCAUCGGAGCACAUCACGUCUUCUCGCCAAUGUAGUCUCCUCACACCUUGCUUUGGUGACUUCUAAUAAGUCAAUUCUAUCUGGAAACGGUGAUGUCUACGAAAAGCUCAUGGUCUUUUUUCGUCUUCAGGUAGACAUGCUGCAUCAUCCUUCCGGGCGUAUCUGCACCGAGCAAAUUAAUUCUUGGGUAGCACUCCUUCGAGACCCUCAGCUAUCAAAGGCACGCCUACUCAAACCGUUCGUGGAUGAAAUUCUGAAAAGUUACAUGAACCAAAUGGUCAAAAUCCGAUGGGAAGACGUUGAAAACGAGCUGCACCCACACUCAGUCUUGCUAGCGGCAAGUUUUGACGACGAGGAAGACUUCGAAAUCUGGAUGUCUGACUUGCGAUCAAGGUCAAGCCUUCUUUUCAAGUUUUUAGGGAGUGUCGAGCCCGAAAUAUCUUCAACUACUGUUAGCUCGACCUUUCAGAGUAUUUUAUACAAGUAUGGAAAUGGCCAGCCAUUUGACAACGUAGAGUCUUUCAAUUCUCAGCUCACACAAAGAAGCGAAGCAGUAGUUCAGUUCGAAGCCCUGUACCAGCCCAUGGAUACGGUUCUCGGGGGUAUUCCUGUAUGGGCGAUAAAUGUUGAAAAGCCGAUACCGAGAGACCGCCUUGAUGGCCAGUCUUCGCGCGACGGAACUCGACGAGCUUUGUCAGAACUGGUGCAGGCAUUAUUGUCUUGGUCUCCGACGCAUGUAUGGCUCAAGUUUCGAAGAGCACAGCUUUUGGACGCACUCAAGCACUACUGGAAGAAUGGACACGACUCAUCGACAUUAUUGGAGGCUGUGGAUUCGCUGUUAAAGUACCUCGGGCUUCCAGAUGAGUGGAAUCUGAGUACAGUUGUGGGUGAGACAAUGAGUGAUGAAAUUGUAGGGCUGAAGAAGAAAAGUGGGGUGACACUCGUCUCGAUUUCGAAACAAGUCCCAAAUCAACUUCUACCAUGGUUGUCGCAGCUGAGCGAUGCUUCAAAGUCUCUUCUAUCUUCACACGGUUUAAUUCCAGUCAAUCAAAUGCAUCUUUACGAAUUUUUGUCUUGCGUUGCAAGUGCUGUCGAAGAUCCAAAUCGUCGAGCAAGCUUCAUAGCGGAAGUGCUAUCAAAUGCGGCUGAUACGCUUGAACUUCCCGAAGUCCAAUCAAGCCUCUCUGUACAGGGUUUACUGGAGACACUCGGAGUUAGUCAAGCUGCAGCUCUCCCAGAAAGUGUGACAGACGCUGCCCAUGUCAAACAGAUUACAUGGCAGUACUAUCGAAUAUUUAACGCUCUCAAUCGAUUGCUUUCUGUGGGAAAGAGAUGCAACGAAGCCGCUAGGAAACGGUAUGGAAGUACAGCAAGCCCGACUGUGUCGUCGAGUUCGGCGUUUGACUCCAUCGGUUCUCAGAAUUUUCCCGACGAAGGUCCAAUCAGUAUUGUGGACUUGGCAACGAUUGAUCCUUUUGCACCACUGUGGCCCCGAAUUCUUCCUUCCUUUCUAAAAGUCUAUGAGGCAACCAUGGCUGUUUGGAGACCCGAGAAUCAAGCACGAUUAUUGCAGAAUCCUUACCAACGCUAUUUAUUCGCCAUUUCCGACGACGAAGCUUUUCAGUCUAAGAAUCACGACCAGAGUUCUGGCGGUGUUUUUGGUGAAAGUGGCACAGCUGGAAGUGUUGUAAUGGGUACGACUCGCCGCGACAACAACCUUGUUCCAAAAUGGAGCGGCUGGUUCAAUGAGCUUCGUCAUACAUGCUUUCAAAUGUUCGGUCUGUUGUGCACCCAGAGAGUCCUGUUUGCUCCCGAGCUCGCUAGCAGCUACCCUCGUAUUGUCGCUGUUGUCACUGAUCCAGCAAGUAUGAAAGCGAUGGAGCACAGACACUUUAUUCAUUUUUUGAAGCAUGUGGUUGAACUUCUAUUAGUUAGCUGCCCUUCUACAAUGUACGCGACGCACCUGGAACCCAUUCUUGGGCCGGUUUUCGAGCAUAUCAAAUAUAGAUUGGAAAAGACCUGGCUACCAAUUCUAAACAGUAGCACUCCUCCAUCGGGCGCUGCAAAAGCAUUGACGUCUAAGGGCUGCAGUUAUGCUGCAGCUCUAGCUUCCAGGGGUGGGGAUGAUUGGUUUACUUGGUAUUACGCACACGCAGGUCUCUUUGUCGGUGAUUUAGAUUCUGUCACAGCCGAAGCCGCUGUGGAGAAGUAUCGAGUCGAAAUUGGGCGCAACUUCAGCGACGUGCUUCAAGUUGCGUUGGCAUUGAAGGGAGAUUGGGCUUUGGUAUUGGCCAAUCAAGCGCGUGAAGAACAAGCCGCAAAAAGGAAUGGGUACACCAAGCCGACUCCUCAAAAUCGAUUGAAUCAGGAUUCCGAGCAAUACAAUGCGGACGGCACUCUCAAAAGCGACGAUCAACAAGCCAUUGACGAAAGGAAGGCACUGCGUAUUAAUGGACUGUGCCACUUCAUUUUGUUGGAAAAUGAACGUGUUGCUGGUAAUCUCACAAUGGCGUUGAUCCAAUGUCUGGAAUAUCCCGAUGCCUAUACAUGCAGGCGAGUAACAAAAAUUUGCCACCGUCUGUUGGAAACGGUUGCCUGGUCACCGUCCUACAGCAACUUGCUUGGCAAUAUGAUGUUUACGCAAGCCGUAAAAAACCUAGUCACGGAGCCCAAAUGGAUGGUUGGCAUUGAGUGGGAUAUGAUCAAUGUUGUUCGUGACAUUUAUUGUCGCCUGGUUCUUGGGCAAAUCUUGCAAGCAGGUGGACAAGGACCCGGCUUGCAGCAGCCCUCGACAAGCCAAAAGCCGGAUUGCUAUGAGCAAGCAAAAACUGUUGACCGCCCAUUGCAAGGGGGAGGGAUAUUGGUUAACCCAACCGACGCACCUCGUCAGAUUCUGUUGACCUUACCCGGGAUUGAUGCGAUCGCUAUUGAGCAGCUUGAGAGAAGCAUGAAGGCGAAGCCGUCUGCCAAGGAUCAAAAAGACUUUAUUCGAGAUUUGUUUCGCGUCGCUGCUGACAGCUUGAACGAAAUCAGUCCAAGUACGAAUAUUGGAGCUGCCAGCGGGCUCUUCGAUCGUGCCGUCCAAGAAGAGUCGCUUUUACAUUCAAGAAAUAAAGCGUCGAUCCCAGACCUUCCCGAGAAGCUAAUAACGCAUUCGCAACUUUUGAAAGCGGCAAAAAGACAAGGAACAGACGAGCCUGAGGGACUUGCUGUUCUCCUACAAGAAUAUUAGAAAUAGCUUUUGGUAUCAAUCAUGAACCACAUGUUC